AUGGUGGAAGAUAUGAAAGGUAAAAUCCGAGUGUUAUGUCGGAUUCGGCCACCGAGCCGAAUCGAGGCUGCACAGGGCGAGGCUGUGGUUGUGGAUAAAGUAGAUGAGUUCUCUGUGAAGGUGGAAACCGCUCGUGGGCCGAGGGAGUUUCAGUUUGACAAGGUGUUCUGUGCCGAAACAUCUCAGGAAGAUUUUUUUCAUGACACCAAAAGACUGAUCCAGUCAGCCAUCGAUGGUUACAACGUCUGCAUCUUUGCGUAUGGCCAGACGGGCUCAGGGAAGACCUUCACCAUGGUGGGCGACAAGGAGCAGAAGAACCCCGGGAUCUUGCCGAGAUCUUUUCAUGCCAUGUUUGAUAUCAUCAGGGAGAAUAGCACCAAGUUUGACUACAAGGUUUCGGCCUAUAUGCUCGAGAUGUACAACGACAGGCUGCAGGACCUCUUUGUGAGCCUGGCUGGUGAGGCCCAUGCCCAGCCCCAGUCCCAUGGCCAGGCCAGGCGGGUGGAAAUCAAGAGGAACAGAAAGGGGGUUGUGUUCGCCCAAGGAGCAGAGACAAAGGAGGCUUCCAGUGCCCAGGAGCUCUAUGCUCUGUUCCAGCAGGCCUGCGCCAACCGACACAUCUCUGCCACCAAAAUGAAUGUGGAGAGUUCUCGCUCCCAUCUCAUUGUUGGCAUCAUGGUGGAGAGCAAGAAUCUGACCAAUGGGAGCGUGAGCACUGGGAAGCUGAGCCUGGUGGACCUGGCAGGCAGUGAGAGAGCAGCCAAGACUGGCGCCAAGGAUCACCAGCUGAAGGAGGCUAACUCCAUUAACAAGUCUCUGAGCGCCCUGGGUGAUGUGAUCUCAGCCCUGUCUGCCGAGCUGCCCCAUGUACCGUACAGGAACAGCAAGCUGACACAGGUGAUGCAGGACUCGCUGGGCGGUAAUGCCAAAACCCUGAUGAUCGUCAACAUUUCUCCCUCAGAGUGCAACGUCGAUGAGACUCUCACAUCCCUCAUUUACGCAACAAGAGUGAAGGCCAUAACCAACAAUGCUCAGAGAAACGUGGAGAGCAAAGAGAUCGCCCAGCUGAAAGAUGUGAUCAUGAAGCUGAGGUCGGGACAGACUGUGGAGGAGGAGGAUGUCUGA